CAAUGUUUCAAAGCAUUCUAGCAAGUUUCAUCCUCAUUGUCAUUAGUUUUUUGGCUCCCCUUGCACAUCCGCUGUCCUUCAAAAUAACGCAAUUCGACCAAACUACAAAGAACAUAUCUUAUGAAGGUGAUGCCUCGCGGGUAUCCAGAGCAAUUCAACUCAACGAAAAAAGUUCAUGGAUGGUUGGGCGGGCUACGUACACUCUCCACCUGUGGGACUCUAGUACAGGAUCACUGGCAGAUUUCACUACUCAUUUCACUUUCAUUGUCGACACUGGUAACAAGAGCGACUUUAGUGACGGAUUUGCCUUUUUCCUUGGUCCUGUUGGCCAUCCAAUCCCAGUAAACUCCGCCGGCUCUCUACUCGGAUUAUUCAACAGCACCGAUGAAAGCAAUAAACAAAUUGUAGCUGUUGAGUUUGACACUUUCGCAAACGAAGCCUUUGAUCCGCAAAAGUGGCAUGUCGGGAUAAACAUAAACAGUAUCAACUCCGUAGAUACUGCCAGUUGGAAAAAUGUUAGCAGCAACAGCGGGAAGCUGGGACAUGCAUUGAUAACUUACAAUGCCACUUCCAAAAACCUUAGUGUGUUUUGGACGUAUGACGAAAACCCUGUUUUUGUGAACAACUCUUCUCUUUCUCACCAGAUUGACUUACGAGAGGUUCUCCUCGAAAAGGUUACAAUAGGAUUUUCAGCUUCUACCGGAGUGUUCCCAGAACGACAUCUCAUAUAUUCUUGGGAAUUCAGUUCAAGCUUGAAUUUUACUAGCAAACAGAACGAAAGAAAAAGGGACAAGAGAUUCUUGAUAGUGGCGGUUGCAGUUUCUUUUUUCGUUUUGAUGUUUUGUGUGGCCAUAUGCUGGUUGGUGAUCAAGAAGAAGCGCGUAUAUAGGACCGACACACCCUCGGUGAAUACGAAUCUUGAGGGACUGUCAUUUCCGAAACGAUUUGCUUACAAAGAAUUAGCUGCAGCCACCAACGGCUUUGCUAACGAUGUGAAGCUAGGCCAAGGAGGUUCGGGACAAGUUUACAAAGGAAUGUUAAAAGACCUUGGAUGCGCAGUUGCGGUGAAGAGGAUCUUCGCAGAAUCAGAGCAUGACGAGAAAAUAUUCGUCAAUGAAGUCAAAAUACUAAGCCGAUUGAUUCACAGGAACCUGGUGCAGUUCAUUGGAUGGUGUCAUGAGCAAGGCGAGUGCUUACUUGUUUACGCAUACAUGCCUAAUGGCAGCCUUGACAGGCAUCUAUUCGGCCAUGGAGCAGCACUGCAAUGGGAUUUUCGGUAUAAGAUUGCUUUAGGCUUGGCCUCGGCUCUUCAUUAUCUACACGAAGAUGUGGAGCAGUGUGUCCUUCACAGGGAUAUCAAAUCAGCUAAUGUGUUGUUGGAUGACGAAUUCAGCACAAAGCUUGGUGAUUUUGGGAUUGCGAAGCUCAUGGAUCCGCGGUUCAGGACUCAAACAACAGGGGUGGUGGGGACUUUCGGGUACAUGGCCCCCGAAUAUGAGAAGGGAGGGAGGGCAAGUAAAGAAUCCGACAUGUUUAGCUUUGGAGUUGUGGCCUUGGAACUUGCAUGCGGUAGGAGGACUUUCCAUGACGGAGAACUUGACGUGCCGCUUGUGAGUUGGGUUUGGCAACUCUACCUUGCCGGAAAUCUGCUCUACGCAGCUGAUGAAAGGUUAGAUUCGAACUUCGACAUAAAUGAAAUGGAAUGCUUGUUAAUUGUGGGAUUAUGGUGCACUAAUCCCGACAAUAAGGAAAGGCCGAAAGCUGGACAAGUGAUGAAUGUUCUUCAGCUUGAAGCGCCAUUGCCGGAUCUUCCGCACGACAUGCAUGAUCUUCCGCUGCCUCAGCUUCAGUAAAAUGCCGAUUCCUCUCACGUGAUCCUUUCAUAUAUGAUCUGAUUUCACCAUGUCAUCGCUUCCGAGCUACUAUAUUAUAUUUUUAAUCUCUCUAUUUGUAUGCAUGUAUGAGUAUUGUGUUUUAAGAUUUCUUUCACGAAAUUAGAUUUUUUUUGUAUAACUUUCCAACUGAUAUUCAUGUUCCAUCGAUCCAUUCAUCACUUCCCAGCUCCCCCGACACGAAUAGUUUAGGUCAU